AUGGAUGAGACGUAUUCUGAUCUAAUGAAUUUGCUGAAGAAACCCUCUUUUACAGAGACAUUCGUCGACAUUUUACUCUGCGCAGUCCCGAUAUGGCUCGCCGUGAUGAUCGGUCUAUUGAUCGGAUGGUCUUGGCGUCCGAGAUGGACCGGAUUGAUCUAUUUAGGGUUCCGUUCUAAGCUUCGGUUUCUAUGGACUGCUCCGCCUGGAUUUGGCGCUCGACGGCUUUGGCUUGCUUUCACCGCUCUCUCCGCCUUCUCCGUUUGCCGCACCAUCUGGUCAAGGCUUGACAAAUCGGCGGCUGGUUCAGCUUCGUCGCAGACGACGCCUGAGCUUGUAGAAGAGAGUCUUCAAAGUAAUGAAACAGGAUCGGUAGCCUCCAGCUCUGGAGAUAAUACAACGGUGAGAGAGGAGGAAAUUGUGACGGAGAAUGAUCUAGAGCAUCUGUUACAGCUGCUUGAAGUCGGAAAUGCGGCUAUGGAGUGGCAAUCAAUGAUGGACAAGACUACUCCAAAUAUGAGCUACCAAGCUUGGCGCCAUGAGCCUGAGACAGGUCCGGUUGUUUAUCGGAGUCGAACUGUGUUUGAGGAUGCAACUCCAGAUAUUGUUAGGGAUUUCUUCUGGGAUGAUGAGUUUAGACCUAAAUGGGACUUUAUGCUUGCCAACUUCAAAACUCUGGAGGAAGACACUCAGACAGGAACUAUGAUUGUUCAGUGGAGAAAAAAGUUUCCUUUUUUCUGUAGUGACCGAGAGUAUAUCAUUGGUCGGAGAAUAUGGGAGUCUGGAAACAAGUAUUACUGUGUGACAAAGGGAGUUCCUUAUCCAGCGCUACCAAAGCGUGAUAAGCCGAGGCGUGUUGAGCUUUAUUUCUCAAGUUGGGUUAUCAGAGCAGUUGAGUCUCGAAAAGGAGAUGGACAGCCAUCGGCUUGUGAAGUAUCCCUAGUCCAUUAUGAAGACAUGGGAAUCCCAAAAGAUGUAGCAAAGUUAGGUGUUCGUCAUGGCAUGUGGGGAGCUGUCAAGAAGCUGAACUCCGGUUUACGAGCCUACCAAACCGCCAGAAAGUCUGACUCGAGUCUAUCCCGGAUCGCUCAGAUGGCGAGGAUCACCACACACCUAAACAUGGAUUCUUUAGAAACAUCGACAGGAGAUGAAGACGGAAGCAGAGUAAUGGACUAUGCAAGGAGACAACGGGACAAUCUGAGAAUGGACUGGAAAUGGUUUGUUGUAGGAGGUGUUGCAUUGGCUUGUGGCCUUCACACUGGUGUUAUUGGUAAGGCUUUACUAGCUGGAGCUGGCCAGAGACUUGCUCGCCGGUGA